AUGGCUGCUGCAGAGGGCAUCCCUGAGAAGAAGGUGAAAUUGGAGCCCCAGAUUAAAUCUGUCGACAUGAGCGAGGACAUGCAACAAGAGGCAAUCGAAGUCGCACAGGAAGCAAUGGAGAAGUUCAGCGUCGAGAAAGACAUUGCUCAACACAUUAAACGAGAGUUUGACUCGAAAAAGGGCGCUACGUGGCAUUGCAUAGUCGGUCGAAAUUUCGGCAGCUUCGUCACCCACGAGACGAAACACUUCAUCUACUUCUACCUCGGACACGUCGCCAUAUUGCUCUUCAAGACGCAGUGA